AUGUCAAAUAAAAAAUGUGAUACUCUAAAAUCUGUUAAUAUUCUUUUGCAGAUAAAAUCAGAAUCGGCUAUCAAGAAAACAUCAGCAUUCGAUGAAAUUCAAUCAUAUCUCAAAUCCCCAGAUCGUUCGCCGAAAUACAUCGAAAAGGUGGGAAAACCCCUCAAUUAUCGUUUCCUUUCGCUUUUCUCCGUAACGUAUUGAUGAGUCAUCACAUUCCUGCGAAACACAAAAAACUUUUUUUCCUAUACGACACAUUUCGAAUAAUUUCGUAUAAUAUGUUCACUCAAAUUAAAAGUGCAUUUUGUACCCAAAAAGAAAGAAAAAGAAGAAUUACGCGCACAUGUUUUUUUGAAAUAUUUAGAUAGAACAAAACAUGUGACUGAUUGGAAAUUAAUUUGAACAUUGCAACAAUUGGAAUGACGUAUUAAAUUGUUGCUAAAAAUAUGUGUUUUUUUGCAGAUUUCUGACUCAUCAAAUAAUUCAACUCUUCCAAGUUAUCCAGUCAUACCAAAACCUUUGAGAAUUCCAUCGGCCGUAAGUUUACAUUAAAGAUGACAAUUGGAACAUUUUUUUUAUUUUCAGUUUUUGCAACAAGGAUGA